AUGACGACGACGCAAUCAUCAAAGCCGCCUCUUGGUAACUGCAACCCGUCUGUUCCGGCUUGGGAGAAGGAGUUCUGUGCUGUGGUUGGUUCAGUUCCAUGGAAGAAAGUUGUAGAGGCGAAGCGGUUUAUGCAUCUAUACGAUAGAGUGGUCCAAUGGGACGAUUCAGCGGGAGAAGACGCCUUCAAGAACGCUAAAUCCCGGUACUGGGCAGAGAUAAAUGGAGUUCCUUGUGGCUUAUCUUUGCCUGACCCUGAUGUCUACAUUGAUGACGUUGAUUGGGAUGCUGAAGUUGACACCGAGCUGAUUCUUGACCUUGAACGUGGUCCAGACCCGAUUACAGGAGAAGAAGAACAUGUCGUGAUCCUCGAUGCUUUGGUCUUAUCUGGACAGUACAGCGGGCUCGGUUGGGGAACGGGAUGGGGAGACGCUGAAGGGAUCAACGAGGACAGUUUUGAUAAACCAGAAAACUCGUGGGGUGAUCAGAAAUGUGAAGUCAAGGAGAAAACCGGAUCUUGGGGUCACAGGAACAACGACAACAGCUUCAAAACCGAAUCUUGGGAUCACAAGAAGAACGACAACAGCUUCAAAACCGAAUCUUGGGAUCAUAAGUACAGUAAGAACAACAGCUUCAAAAUCGAAUCUUGGGAUCACAAAAACAACGAAAACAGCUUCAAAACCGAAUCUUGUGAAUAUCAUAAGUACAGUAACAACAACAGCUUCAACUACAAGAGGGUUGGGAACUGGAACUGUAAGGAUCAAGGGAAAGAGAGCAGAGAGUGGAGAAAGAGAGGAGAAGUGCCAUCUGGAGGAGUUCGAGUGGAGGACUGUCGAUGGAGGAAUGGGAGAGGUAGAAGCCGAGGUGGGUUUCAGCAGUAUUCGAACGGUUGUGGUUGGACCGAGUCCUUCUAA